AUGCAGUGCAACAACGCCUCUUCUUCCACUACGACGAUGCUAUGUCCUCCAGAGGUCCUGAAGCGCAUCCUCCUCCAUGUCACCGAUCGUCAGGAUCUGGCCCAGUGUACGCGUGUCAAUGUCACCUGGCGACAAGUCUCUAUCCCAUUUCUUUACGAACGCUUACGCAUCACCUCCCGGUUCUCUUCUGAUACCAACACCUCAAAAACGUUCCUACGCAACGAGUACGGUCGCCACGUUAGACACCUUUACCUCGACAUGUCCAUUUUGGAAGACCCACAAGCACCUCAUCAGCUAUUGCGACCGCUCCAAGUCCAGCGGCGCACAUCCUCGCUACGACGAAAAGGUUUCAAGUUAUUUCCCGGAAGUACUAGCAACGCCAUCGUCGACCCACAGCGGCGCAGCAGCUUGAUUGAGUUUCCGAUGGUGCAGCCGGCGGCAGCAGCAGCAGCAGCUAGCACUACUGCUACUGCUACUGCUCCUCAUCCUCCUUCUCCUCCACAGCAACACCGACAACAUAUUUGUUUCACCAUUUUGGCGGUCUUGCAAUCGUGCGCCCGUGUCGAAACAGUCGAGCUAGACUUCCACGACAGAACAUUCAACAUGUCCAAGAACGCCGUCUUUGUCUUUUCGCAAUGGCAGCCGACAACGUUGAAAAAGCUGCACCUGAUGCACCUGACACGACUUAUCAUCACGCCUCACCUGAAGACGCUGACACACGAUCGAUCUUACGGGUGUUUCCACAAUUCGGAUCUCUGCACUCACUUUAUGGGACCCGGUAUCGGCUACAAAUGUGUCGCCCGCGAUCCGUUGGCCAACAACGCUCCGAUCCUUGACCAUCUUGGAUUCGCCAGACUGGUUGCAUCAGUCGUCCGAUGUUUUGUCAAGCUUGCCAAACAGUUUGGAAUCAUUGACACUGGCGAUUACACCGACACCAUCUCCUUGUGCUUCGUUCUUUCUCUUACGACACCAGCAACAACAACAACAACACCGAAAAAAGCCGUCAGUUCUUGA